AAUUACCGCCAUUUUCAACUCCGCGGAAGUCGUCGAAAGCAAUCAUGCCUCGAGAAAUUAUAACUCUACAGCUGGGACAGUGUGGAAAUCAAGUUGGGCUGGAGUUUUGGAAGCAGCUGUGUGCAGAACAUGGGAUAAGUCCAGAGGGUAUUCUUGAGGAGUAUGCCACGGAAGGAACAGACCGAAAGGAUGUGUUCUUUUACCAGGCUGACGACGAACACUACAUUCCACGAUCAGUGUUACUGGACACUGAGCCCAGGGUGAUCAAUUCAAUCCUCAGCUCACCAUACGCCAAGCUGUACAACCCCGAGAACGUGUACCUGUCAAAACACGGGGGUGGUGCGGGAAACAACUGGGCCAGUGGCUACACACAGGCUGAAGGACUGUAUGAGGAUGUGUUUGACAUCAUAGACAGAGAAGCUGAUGGAAGUGACAGUUUGGAGGGGUUUGUACUGAGUCACUCCAUUGCUGGAGGAACAGGGUCUGGAAUGGGAUCCUACCUGUUGGAGAGGCUUAACGACAGAUUUCCAAAGAAGCUUAUCCAGACGUACUCAGUGUUCCCGAACGUGGACGAGAUCUCUGAUGUUGUGGUUCAGCCAUACAACUCCAUACUGACGCUCAAGAGGCUGAUACAGAAUGCAGACUGUGUGGUGGUGCUGGACAACACGGCUCUCAACCGUAUCGCUGCUGACAGGCUUCACAUAGACACUCCCUCCCUGGCACAGAUCAACCAGCUGGUAUCAACUGUGAUGUCAACAAGUACAGCCACACUGCGUUACCCUGGUUACAUGAACAAUGAUCUAAUUGGCCUGAUAGCUUCUCUCAUCCCCACACCCAGACUCCACUUCCUGAUGACUGGGUACACGCCCCUCACAACCGACUCACAGGUGGCAAAUGUGAGGAAGACCACGGUGUUGGAUGUGAUGAGACGGUUGCUGCAGCCCAAGAACAUGAUGGUGUCGACGCCGGUGGGAGCACAUCGCCAGGCCAGUCACUGCUACAUCUCCAUCCUCAACAUCAUACAGGGGGAGGUGGACCCAACACAGGUACACAAGAGUCUCCAGAGGAUCCGAGAACGGAAGCUGGCCCAGUUUAUCCCCUGGGGUCCGGCCAGUAUCCAGGUGUUGAAGUCUCCCUACAUCCAGACUGCACAUCGUGUCAGCGGCCUCAUGAUGGCCAACCACACAAGCAUCUCUCAUUUGUUUGAUCGAACCCUCCGCCAGUUUGACAAACUGAGGAAGAGGGAGGCUUUCAUGGAACAGUAUAAGAAGGAGCCGAUAUUCAAGGACAUUGACGAGUUUGAUAACUCUCGAGAAGUUCUUCAGGAGCUGGUUGAUGAGUACCAGGCUGCCACAAGACUUGACUAUCUCGACUGGGGCACGCGACAGGGAGCAGCUGCAGAGCAAAUGUAA